AUGAUCUACUACACCUAUCGUACAACCGUAAUGCGAGUCAGAUAUCUCUCUACAAGUGCCUUCCGGCAAUUGAAAAAAGCCCAAUUCGAUGUCAAGUCCAUUUUGAAUCGAUUGCCGCUGCAUGCUGAUUCCAUCAAAGCUAGACAGCUAACCUCUAGCGACCAGCUUGUCAAGGAACUAGAAAAUUUGCCAGUUCAGGAGUUGGAAGCUCGGCGUCUGGACACUCAGAUCGCCAAAACUCAAACCGAACGCAAAGCUAUUGAAAGGGAGAUCAAAUUAGACAAGAGUAAAAUCAAAGAACUGCAGCACAAAUUGGUAGAACUGAAAACCUCGUUCCAGACAGUUACUUCAGAUCUCAAGACCAUCAAAGACCAAAUUCACGAAACAUGUCUUUCGCUACCGAAUCUUGUUCACCAAGAUGUACCAUUAACUAAUGCUCAAGAGAUACAAGAAAUCCAUCCCCUCCGAGAUUAUCCCGUGGACUUGUCUAGGGACCAUCAUGAUAUCAUGGUCCGUAAAAACCUUGUGGACUUCAAGUCCGCUUCUACGCUCACGGGCAAUUCAUGGUACUACCUAAUAAAUGAUGGGGCCCUCUUGGAGCAAGCUCUGGUAUCCUACGCUACUAAGCGCGCCCGCAAUCAUGGUUUUAGUAUGUGCAAUCCACCUAGUAUUGCAAAAAACGAGGUAAUAGAUGCCUGCGGAUUUAGACCACGCGAUAUGAAUAAUGAACAACAAAUUUAUCAUAUUACAGACACUAAUCUGGGUUUAACCGCCACAGCUGAAAUUGCGCUUGCAGGGCUGGGAAUCGAUACUGUAAUGGAUCUUUCAAAGGGCGCCAAGAAACUAUGCGGUGUUAGUAGAAGCUACCGCGCGGAAGCUGGUGCUCGUGGUAAAGACACUAGGGGACUUUAUCGAGUGCACGAAUUUACAAAAGUGGAACUCUUCUGCUGGGCUGUGCCUGAUCAGAGUGACCAAAUUCUACAAGAACUACUUGAUUUUCAAAUCGAUUUAGUUGCGGAUCUUGGUCUAAGUGCCAAAGUUCUGAACAUGCCUGCCAACGACCUUGGUGCUCCCGCGUUCCGUAAAUACGAUAUUGAAGCGUGGAUGCCCGGUAGAGGAUCAUUUGGUGAAAUUACCAGCGCCUCGAACUGCACAGAUUUCCAAAGUCGUCGUAUGGGGACUAAGUACAAAGAUUCAACCACAGGCAAAGCUUCGUACGUGCAUACUUUGAACGGCACGGCCAUAGCAGUGCCCCGCGUUAUAGUAGCCAUUGUGGAGAAUUUCUACGAUCCAUCAACAGGCUUGAUCAAAAUUCCUGAACCAUUAGUUUCAUAUAUGGACGGUAAAUCCUACAUAUAG